AUGAUCGAGAUAGAUGAGUUUGAGGACAUCCUGCGGCACCUGCUCAAGCUGCCGAAAGAGACAGAAUUGGAACCCAAUCGGGUUGCGAAUUUAUGGCGCAUUGCCGACAAGAACCGGGAUGACGUGGUAGACUUUGAAGAAUUUUGCUUGUUCUGGUCAGAUUCUUACGGGGCCAGCGACAAUGGCCAAGGACUGGAGAACCUAUUCGCCAGCGUUUACCGUAGCCUUAGACGAGACAGGAAUCAUUCGAGUUUCGUGCUUGGAUUGCACAAGGCCAUCGCGAAUGAGUUGAUCGAUGCCGUGCCACUUACUUCAGAGCAGGUGGUCAACAUUGCGGAUGGCGACUCUGAAGGGGAGAGGACUCCGUACGCAGGCCUUCCCGAUCCGAUGGAUGCCUGGUUCACAGAUGAUGUGCCUGUUAACCGGCAACUGGAGGGAAGCACCGUGCAUUUUGUUCGAAUGGAUGAAGAUGACUCCGAGCUGGUCAGCUACAGCAUCGAUGCGACCGACGAUUGGUUCAACGAUGGUGGGCAAAGCCCGGUUCGUGUCAACGAGGCAGACAGCUCCCGGCAUGCCGGUAAAGGUGGGGUGAUCAUCAAAGACCUCUUGGCACAGGAGCAGGGAUCUUCCGGUCCAACCUCCGUUGAAUUGAGCCCGGAUCUGUCUCCAGAAGCCUCGCCCAUUGCCAGCGAGUCAUCACUUGAAUCUUUCCGACGAUCCAGUCUCACAAGCGAAGAAGAGGUCUCCCGGCAGGCUUCUGCCAAGCUGCCACUGGAGGCUUCCAGGGACCUUUGCCGAGCGCUCGAGGCAAAUUUCAACAAUGCUAGCACGGUGAGCAACGUCAGCAUGGCCAGCAAUGCCAGCAAUGCGACGGAGAAGGCAGCCGACGAAGACGAUGCCUCACCAGCCUCUGUUAUGACAAGCCAGUCUUCAAUGGGCAGUGGCAAAGGAGACAAGGGAAAGGUGAUGGCACCAGGAAAGGGCAAGGGGGGAAUCAAGGGCCCCAAAGGCCUCAAGGGCAAAGUCGGGAAAGCUCUGCCAGCUGGGAAGCAAGGCGCCGAAAGUGCGGCGCAGGCAGAUGCGGCAGCAAAGGCAGAAGCCGAGCAAGAGAAGGAGAAAGAGAAGCCUGAGGAGGCAGAGAAGAAAGAGAAGGAGAAAACAGAGCAGAGCGAAAGCGCCGUCUCCCAGGGAAAAGGUCCUGGCAAAGGUCCUCCUGCAAAAGGCGCGGCAGGAAAAGGGCCUGGCAAAGGCCCACCUGGAAAGGGCAAAGCCCCCCCACCUCCGGCCAAAGGCGACGGCAAGGGCGGCAAAGGCAAGGCGGCUCCAAAGUCCAAGGCCGCAGCGACGCCUCCGCGUUUUGUCGGGCACACGCCUCUUGGACGCCGCUUGCAUUGGGCUGGGGCUCAAUAUGACGAGCCCUCGCAGCAAUCUGUCUUCCACGGCCUCACUUCCGACGUUCGCUUCGACCCGGAGUUGCUGAAGGCCAUGCUUUCGACCGAAGCCGCAGAGAAACCGGUUCUCGUCGGCAGGCGAAAGUCCAUCACCAAGAAAGCAGGAAUCACCCUUUUGGAUGGCUCGCGGGCACAGAACCUCGCAAUUGUGAUGAGCAAGAUGAAGGUUUCUACCGAGGAGUUCUGCCAGAAUUUGAAGGACCUCCACUUCAGCGAGAGCUUCAUCAAUCCCGAAGACGUAGAGUUGCUCAUCCACGUACUGCCCACUCCCGAAGAGAGCAAGAAACUGUUGGAGUACAAGGACCGCGUGGCAGACCUGCGGGACGUGGAGAUGAACAUCAUGCCUUUCUGCACCCUUCCGAAAGGAGUGGCGCGCAUGAAGGUGGCAAAGUUCGCGUUGUCCCACAUCGCGCAGUUUAGUGCCAUCGAGAAAAGAUGUGAGGCGCUCAUGUCUGCUGCCGAGCAGGUGCGCUCGAGCCAGAAGUUCAAAGAAAUGCUCGAUUUAGUUGUACGUGUUGGCAAUUUUAUUAACCACGGUGUGGAUGAGGUCGUCGAAGGCACCAUCCGCGGCGUGAGCGUCGACUCUCUCUUGACGUUAGCUUCCUUCAAAACGGGAGCUGUUUCUUCCCUGCACUUCCUUUGCCUCUCCCUUGGGGCAAACGAUCCGGACUUCUUCCAGGCGUUAAAGCAGUCCCUGUCCAGCGUGCAUGAGGCUUCCAAAGAGAAAGCUUCGGCGCUGAAGUCAUCCAUCGAGGCCUUCGGUAAAGACGCCGACACUGCAGAAAAGCAGUUGAAUGCACUGCUGGUGCCCAACGAGGAGCAAGAGGCCGUGCCUCCGAGCCACGAGGCGGACCUCCGUGAGUUGAUGGCCCUGUGGAUGGCAGAGAAAGUCAAAUUGCAAGAAAUUGGCGAUGAAGCCUUCGACGCUUGUUUGGAGACUCAAAAGUAUUACUGCGUCUCCGAGAAAGCCUUGGCAAAUCUGCCACCGCUUGAGACAUUUUUUCUUCACAUUGCAACCUUCCUGGAUCAGUUUUCAGAGGCCUGGCAAGAGAUCGAGAAGAAUCCCAAAAAGUGGGAAGACUUCGCGAACGCCGCAGGCUUCCGGCAGCGGGUCAAGCGCAAGUCGCUUCCUGCUGUAUCGUCCCAGAAGCUGAGUGAUGGCCCAAGGGCAAGUGAUGCAGGAUUGCAAAGGCGACCUCGCCGAUCUGAGUGCGGAACAGCAUCCACUCGUCCAGAGGGCAAAGCUCGAAUGAAGGCCCAAGCCAGGCGAUCCGUGUCCUUCCUCACGUCGUCUUCGGGCUUCGACAUUGAGGCACCGGCCAGCAACCGGAAGGUCUGCCGAGCCCUGCUUGGCGGCAUCUACUGCGCAGUCUCUAAGCUUCAGUAA